GCUAUGAAAAACUUCAACAAGUAAUUGCUCGUCUUCACUUUCUUUUAGCAACAGUAGGAGUUUUACAUUUUUUAUUGAAAAUACACAAUUUGUUUUCAUUAUAAUAUUUGUUGCUGGUUAGACGCUAGUUGAUAGCUAACAGUCCAAGAAUGACAUCGGUUUUGCAGCCUCAAAAAGAGGAUCCGACGGGCACCUACACAUUCGCGAGUCGCCCAAGACCAGUUCCAAAUCGCAGCAUUUACAGGGAACCCGCAGCAGAGCAAAGUGAUGGACAGGGCAAUUACGGAAACAUCAUGUACGACCGACGCGUUGUCAGGGGAAACACGUAUGCGCAUCACCUACUGCCCGUGACCGCCCAGCCUAACCCGGUUGAGAUCCAGACUCAGCAGGAGGCCAGAAGGAGAGCGCGGGCACGGGAACGUGCCAGGGAACAGUUCAGACCCACGACCCCCGAUGCUUUGGAGGGCAGGAAGCACAUGGAUGUGCAGACAGAGCUGUAUCUCGAGGAGCUGAGUGAUCGCGUGGAGGACACUAAUGUUGAGUGCCAGACUGACGCCUUCCUGGACAAACCGGCCACCCCCCUCUUCAUUCCUGCCAAGACCGGCAAAGAUGUGGCUACGCAGAUAGAGGAUGGAGAGCUGUUUGACUUUGACAUGGAAGUGUGUCCGGUGCUUGAGGUGCUGGUGGGGAAGACCGUGGAGCAGUCCCUGUUGGAGGUCAUGGAGGAGGAGGAGCUGGCCAGUCUGCGUGCUCAGCAGCGGGCGUUCGAGGAGCUCCGCAAUGCCGAACUGGUGGAGGUGCAGCGGCUGGAGGAGCAGGAGAGGAGGCGCCGCGAGGAGAAGGAGCGUCGGAUUGCCCAGCAGCGGCAGGUGCUGGAGAAGGAGAGGGAGACGGUGGAGAAGAUUGCGGCGCGGGCGUUUGCCCGGCAGUACUUAGCCGACCUGCUGCCCACUGUCUAUAGCACCCUGAGGGACCGCGGCUAUUUCUACGACCCUGUGGAGAGAGAUAUUGAGACCGGUUUCCUGCCGUGGCUGAUGUCUGAAGUCACUAACACUUUGGAGAAGAGAUACGUGGCAAGAACAGUGCUGGACAUGCUCAUCCAUGAUGUCACACAGAAGAAGCUAGAGUUCCAGCAGGUUUAGCCCCACGACCCUGGUCCAAACAAGGCUCUGAUCCAAACAAGGAUCUGGUCCAAUAUGAGGGCCCACCAAGGUAACCUCAGCAUAUCCAAAAAUUAACAGCAGGUUUUGAUAGUGUAAAAGCAUGAGCAAUUCCACUGUCCGUAUGCUGUUUGUCUGUGCCUGUUUGAAUGAAAUAAACCUCCACAAUCCUAUCCUACUAGACAUUACCUUAGUUAAUGACAGAUCUGUACAUCGUCCAUUAAAAAAUGUACAUCAAUAAGCCUGAUCAAGAAUUUAUGACACAGGGCUAAUGUAUGACUAAUGUAUGGUUAUCUGAUGGGACUGGCUACAUGCUAUUGCAUUUUCAGCUGACAGAACUGUAAUAUGGUAUUUAUUUACACUGUACAAUAAUGGUAUGCAAUGGUUGCUAUUGUAUUUAGACAACCCACACUGUCAAAGACUUCGUGGUGUGUCGAGAGAUUUGUGUGUGCAAAAUCCACAGGGACAUUAUCCGCGAACAUUAGAAAGAGUUUGAAAUGGGUCAGCAUUUGCCACUGGGGAUUUCUGAAACCUAUGAAUGUCAGGUUUUUUCCAUUCAUCUGAAAGAAUAAUUCAGAUGAAUCCUGCAAAUUUUUGAAAAUCGCAGGAAGAGGAGGUAUUGGUUGAUGGGUAACAAUAAUAAACCAAAACAAUCAAAUGUAUUUUAUAAAGCCCUUUUUACAUCAGCAGUUGUCACAAAGUGCUUUUACAGAUACCCAGUUUGAAACCCCUUAGAGCAAGCAACAGUAGAGUUGAUGCACAGUGGGCAGCAAAAACUCCAUAGUAGGGUCGAAACCAAGAGAGGAAACAGACUGCGGGCUGUCCAGUUCUCUUCUGGUGGUGUCAGGUGAAGAUUAUAAAAUGACCUUUUGGGCCACGUCAGUUGUUUUGGCAUUUUCAGAUAACAAGCCGCUCAAUAAAUGCAUGUGGGCUGUGUCCAGAAUCUUUAAACAGACCUGAAGUCCGCUGCGGAACCAGGCGGACAAGCCCCGGGACAGGUGGGGUGUGGGCCGGGUGGCUUGAAUCGUCAGGCGGCAAUGUGAUUCGCAAAACAUCCAGGAGGACUUUGGACAGGGACAGUUCUGAGUCAUCCGGGCCAAGUAGCCCUGAGGUGUGGUCCAAGGACCCACGUCUUUGUAAGGUUUGAUCGGACACCAGGAAUGUUGGAGGAAGCAUUCCUUGGCUUCAAAGCAUGCUCAGACUGACCAUUGUCCCCCAUCUCUUAAAGCAUAGUUGUUAAUAACUAUGCUGUGGAUGAUGUAUUAGAAAUCCUUCUGAACUGAGGUGCAGGAGAGGAAGGUGACUACUCAGGAAUGUCACUAUGAGUCUGUCGGUAAAUGUGUAACAGCGACAGGUCAGUUGUCUCUGUAUGUUAACAAAUUGUGACGACUGAUCCAACAGACUUGACUAAAACCUCAUUCCUGUGAUUGUGUUUGCUAUGGACUGCGUUCUCAUCUUCAGCGGAAUGUUCCAGACAGCUCCGGGACGUGUCUUGGCGGGGCAUGUCCCUGUCUGACUCUCGAGCACUUAGGGAGUUGCUUAGAGAAGACGAGGUUCGGACUACUAAUUGAACAUCAGAAAGUUGGGAUAAAAAUUGGUAUCAUUUUUAGAUAAUAUGUUUAAACUUUUUCUAAUGCUGUCUCUGUGGGUUUUGCAUAUAUUUACAUCUACGCAUUGUUCCACGGUUCUGGCUAAAUGCGAAACUCUAUAUAGAUUAGGCAUUCUGCUCAGUUCAGACCAUUUUCUGUUUACUUUUUCUCCGAACACAAUCCAAUCACGUUAUUGAUUCAUAUUCUGAAAAUGCAUCAAUAGAUCAUUGAAUGUUUAUUUUUUAAUAUUCAUACAACCCAUUAAAUCUAUGUUCAGUCAUGUACUGUAAAUAAUGUAAUCCAUUAAGAUUGUAUUCUCUACUGCCCAGUGCUGUAAGUAAACAGACGUUUUGUGUUUUUGCAUGUUU